CCGGGUGCAGAUUUGCAGAAGCAGAGCCAACCACUGCACCUCUGCUGUCCAUGGCGGCGGCUGCUUGCUCUGCUUUUCUUGCCUUGCUCCCGCUCCAUCAAUGGCGUCGCCUCCCGCAUCCAAAUCUCACACCUCGUCGUCGUAGCUAUUAGCCUAUUACUACUACUAGCUUCGUCUCCCCCUGACCUGGCUCAUUCUUCUUCCUCCUCGUCCCCUUCCUCCUUCCUCCCUCUCCCGUCUCCCACCUUGGGGUCUCCUAGCGCACCACCCGAGAAAUGCUCUUCUCUUUUUCCGGGUUUCCAUUCUACCAGUACCAGUGCCUUGUCUCCGAGUGUUGACAUCUCUCUGCGUGCUCUGGCCCCGCCAUUAAUCGCUUCCUCUUCCUGCUGCUGACCCAGGGCAGCUAGCCCCCAGUCACGCACACACGAAAUCCAAGCGUUCCAAUUCAAUUUCAAAUCCCCUUUCCUUCUUGGCUGCCUUCGCUGCAAAAGCCAAGAAUUUUUCUUUUUCUGAUUUGAGCGCUCGACGCGUCCGGAGGAGGAGUCAUGGUGGCGGAGCCGCUGGUGCGCAAGGUGCUGUCCAUGACGACGCUGUCGUCGUCCUCCAACUCCUCCAAGAAGAAGGCGCGGCGGGCGGUGAGCGCCAACGCCAACAAGAGCGGCGGCACCGAGGUGGUGGCGGCGGCGGCCAAUAAGGGCGACGGCAGGCUGGGCAUCCUGUCCUUCGAGGUGGCCAACGCGAUGUCGCGCGCGGCGAACCUGUACCGCUCGCUCUCCGACUCCGAGGCGGCGCGCCUGCUGGGCCCGCUCUGCCUCGGCUCCCACGCCGUGCGCGCGCUCGUCCUCGUCCCUGGCGCCGACGACGACGACGCGCGCCUCCUGGCGCUCGCGCUCGCCGAGAAGCUCGACGCGCUCAACCGCGUGGCGGACGUGGCGUCGCGCCUCGGCCGCAGCCGAUGCACGGCCCCCGCGCUCAUGGGCUUCGACCACGUCUACGCCGACCUCCUCGCCGGCCGCUGCUCCGACUCGGGGGCCGCGUUGUUCACCGUCGCCGUCGCCUCCGCCUCCGACGCCGCGUCGCUCGUGCGCAAGCUCGACCGCCUCGCCGCCGCCACCGCCGCGCUCUACGCCGAGCUCCAGGCGCUCGCGGAGCUCGAGCAGUCCACGCGGAAGCUGCCCACCGACGAGGCCCGCCGCGCGCUCCAGCAGCGCGCGCGGUGGCGCCGCCACGACGUGCGCAGGCUCAGGGAAUCGUCGCUGUGGAACUGGACCUACGACAGGGCCGUGCUCCUGCUCGCGCGCGCCGUCUGCGCCAUCUACCACCGCAUCCGCCUCGUCUUCGGCGACCCCAUGCUGGGAAUCGACCUGCUGGCCGUGCGACCGGCCAGUGAGUUGUCGGGGCAAUGCGACCAAAGCGGCCGGCGGCUCUCCGGUCCGGUGACAGCAGCAAAUUCAGGCCCCGUCCAAAGCAAUCUCAGCGAUGGCGGCAAGUCAGGGCCGAUUUCCAGAGUCGUUCCAGACACGUCGCGGCCAGUGAAUUUCAGGUCAUCAGGCUGUGGAGCAAGCCCGGGGAAGAUGUUCAUGGAGUGCUUGAGCUUGAGCAGCUCAUCAGUGUCAUGGAAGGAUGGGUUCGAGGAUGAGUUCUUGGAAGAUUCCAGCUGCAUUAGCACAAUCAGAUCAGGGAUGCUUGUGCCAUUCAGCAGCGAGCAGGGGGUAUCAUCGACGACAACAACGCCAUCAUCCAAGAGUGGUCGGAUUGGCAGAAAGGCACCACCGUUUGGUCCCAAGAGCACGGUGACGUCGCUUGCGCCGCCGUCCACCGUCGGCGGCUCCUCUCUGGCCCUGCAUUAUGCAAACAUUGUGAUCAUCAUCGAGAAGCUGCUCCGGUACCCACAUCUUGUUGGUGAGGAGGCACGGGACGACCUGUACCAGAUGCUGCCGUCGACUCUGAAGGUGGCGCUGAGGAAGAAUCUGAAAACAUAUGUGAAGAGCCUGGCGAUCUACGAUGCGUUCCUCGCGCACGAUUGGCGGGAGACGCUGGAGAAGACGCUGGCAUGGUUUGCUCCAAAGGCGCACAACAUGAUCCGGUGGCAGGCCGAGAGGAACUUUGAGCAGCAGCAGAUUGUGUUCAACGGGAAUGUGCUGCUGCUGCAGACGCUGUAUUUUGCUGAUCGAGAGAAGACAGAGGCAGUGAUCUGUGAAUUGCUUGUCGGCCUGAAUUACAUCUGCCGGUAUGAGCAGCAGCAGAACGCGCUGCUUGAUUGCUCGAGCAGUCUCGACUUCGAUGAUUGUGUGGAGUGGCAACUUCAGUAGAACCAAGGUCAGGUUUUCUGCUCUGUUCCAUAGUGUACAAGUGAUAUGAAACAGCAAAGGGUACUUGUAGUUUGGUUUUGCUUGUUUCUCUUUUCUUUUUCCACUUUGUUUUUGGUGCAUUUUGCACAUGAGAUCGCCAUCUAUUGUUAGAUGAAAUAUAGAGCUUUGUUGACUGGAAAGACCCUGAUUCUAACUCUGGCUGUACAUAGUCUUGUUGAAUCCUUGUGUGAAGCAACCAGAAAACAGGUUUGUUACUUGGUAAA